GCCCGCCCUCAUUAACAUGUGCGCACGUAACGUCCACCGAGGAGGCUGUCCUUAAAUAAGGGCGCACACCCCCUCUGCUGCACCACUUCUCCGGGGAAGCCGCACCACGCACAGCUCGCAUUUUGCUCCACCUGCCCGCCUGAAAGCCUAAAGAUGUCUACCAAGGAGAAGCUGAUCAGCCACGUGAUGAAGGAAGAGCCUGUCGGCAGCGGGAACAAGGUGACGGUGGUGGGGGUCGGGAUGGUCGGCAUGGCGUCUGCCAUCAGCGUGCUGCUCAAGGACCUGUGUGACGAGCUGGCCCUUGUUGAUGUGAUGGAGGACAAGUUGAAAGGCGAGAUCAUGGACCUGCAGCACGGAUCCCUGUUCCUCAAGACGCACAAGAUCGUAGCAGACAAAGACUACAGCGUGACGGCCAACUCCAAAGUGGUGGUGGUGACGGCCGGCGCCCGCCAGCAGGAGGGCGAGAGCCGCCUCAACCUGGUGCAGCGCAACGUCAACAUCUUCAAGUUCAUCAUCCCCAACAUCGUCAAGUACAGCCCCAACUGCAUCAUCCUGGUGGUUUCCAACCCAGUGGACAUCCUGACGUACGUGGCGUGGAAGCUGAGCGGUUUCCCCCGCAACCGCGUCAUCGGCUCCGGCACCAACCUGGACUCGGCCCGUUUCCGCCACCUGAUGGGAGAGAAGCUCAACAUCCACCCGUCCAGCUGCCACGCCUGGAUCAUCGGCGAGCACGGGGACUCCAGUGUGCCCGUGUGGAGCGGCGUGAAUGUCGCCGGAGUUUCUCUGCAGGGCAUCAACCCGCAGAUGGGGUCCGAUGGCGACAGCGAGGAUUGGAAGGCCGUGCAUAAGCAGGUGGUCGAUGGGGCCUACGAGGUGAUCAGGCUGAAGGGCUACACUUCCUGGGCCAUCGGAAUGUCUGUGGCCGACCUGGUGGAAAGCAUCCUGAAGAACCUGCACAAAGUGCACCCAGUGUCCACACUGGUCCAGGGCAUGCAUGGAGUCAAGGACGAGGUCUUCCUCAGCAUCCCCAGUGUUCUGGGCAACAGCGGCCUGACGGAUGUGAUUCACAUGACACUGAAGCCCGGCGAGGAGAAGCAGCUGAUCAGCAGCGCCGAGACCCUGUGGGGCGUACAGAAGGAGCUGGUCCUGUGAAGAGUGUUCCUUUUGACUCUUCAGCUCUCCGCUGAGAGGUGGUCUGCUUCCCACUGUGCCUCCUUCGACACCCCCCACCAUCCCCCCUAACCGCAGCAGUUUGUAGCUAAACCAGGGGGGGCUAGGUUGUCCUGUUUUUUUAUUUUUUAUUUAUUUAGAUGUCCACCUACAAGUGUCCCUUUUCCUUUGCUGCCUCACUCCUGUCCUCCCUCUCCCCAUGACUAAAUUCUCCCAAAUCUAACUCCCCUUCAGCCUGUGUGGGAUGGCGGGAUCAUGUGUCUCUUGUGUUGUGCCGUCCACAUGAAAAGGCCUUUUCAGUUUGAGUGUUUACAUUCGAUGUUGUGUGGUACAUGUACACUGUUGCAGUUUCUUCUGUACACUCCUUGUCGGUAGUUUUAUAUUUAUUCGGUUUUGCUGUUGUUGCUUGUAGCUUUUUUUUCUCCACUUGGCGGUCUGAUUAUUCGGGGGUAUAAUGUAGUUAUUCCAUUCCAUGUGAGGAGGCCUUCAUACGCAGCUAGUCACAGUGAGAAUGGCCCAAAAUCCAGUAAGAACCAAAGUCUCUAUUUGACAAAGGCAAUUCGAUAAUUCAACAUUUACAUCUGCAAUGUAAAAUAAUUUUACUCUGCAAAGAGAUAACAGAGAACCAGUGGCAAAUAUCUGGCUACAAUUUUUGCCUACGGUCAGGUUAUGAAUUUUGAGGACUUGAUUCUUAGCAUACUCUAAACAACCUCAUGAGAUUUGUAUUUAUUUUACUGUAACUAACGGAGAGUUAAUCAAGAGAAAAUAAUGGUAUUAUUUAUAGUUGUUAAUACUGUUAAGAUCUAUUUAUGUAUUACUGUUACAAGUUUAUUAAUAGGCAAACUCACUGAGUAGCGGAACUUGUCGUGGCAGCUGGGUGGUGAUUUUUAAUUGCUGUUACAUCCAAUAAAUCUACCAGGAUCAC